UACAAUUAUAGUAGUAAUACUUCCUUCUUUUUAUGGCAUUGUUCUUCAAAAGAGUCAUAAGCAUAACUAUUUCCAGAACAUGGCAUACUUGUUUUUCACAACAUUUAUCUUCUCUCUGCGUUUUGCAGUUGGAGCAAUUGAUGGCUGCACUCUUUUUCCAAAUCAACCACUUGUUAUUGGGCAUACUUUGAUAUCUCAAAACCAAGUUUUCGAAACAGGCUUUUUCCGCCCGGGGAAAUCUCUAAAUAGAUUCUUGGGAAUAUGGUACAAGAGCACACCAGAUGUCGUCGUCUGGGUCGCAAACAGAAACCAUCCCAUCACUGCUUUACAGGAUGCAACUUUGAUGCUUUCCCAAAACGGAAGUCUUGUCAUAAGCAGUGGCAAAAGCAUUACCUGGUCUGCAACUUCAUCAGAGGAUGCAACAUAUCCAAUUUUGCAGCUCUUGGAUUCCGGAAACUUGGUUGUUUUAGACGACAAGAGCGUGCUAUGGCAGAGUUUCGAUCAUCCAACCAACACCAUGUUGCCAGGAAUGAAAAUAGUCGAUGACAGUGAAGCCGGUGUGGAAACACAUUUGACAUCAUGGAGAGGUCCGGAUGAUCCAUCUCCCGGUGAUUUUGUUCUCAAGAUCCAAAACUGGGGAUUGGCUGAGGUGGUGAUUCUGAGAGGGGCAGCCAAAAUAUACCGAUUUGGUCAGUGGAAUGGGAAAUACUAUGGUGGUGCUCUGAACUUUCCCAAUAGCAUUUACGAGCCGGAGAUGGUUUUCAGAGACGAGAGGUUGAUAUCCGUUGGAGACCCCUACCAGACCUCACUUCUCACAAGAAGCAUUCUAGAUACAUCCGGUUCACUCGUGCGCCUUACCAUGAAUCUCAGAAAAGACAAGUGGAAUCCCGCCACCAUGUUUCCUCUCGAUAAAUGCGAUGAGUAUGCUAGUUGUGGUCCUAACAGUAUCUGCAGACCUGACAAGCCAAUUAGAUGUGAGUGUUUAAAGGGAUUCGCUCCAAAAUUCCACAAUGAUUGGGACGUCCAAGAUUGGUCGGGUGGGUGCAAUAGGACUAAACCAUUGAAUGGAAAAGGUGGGGAUGGAUUUCUGCAGGUGAGAGGGGUCAAGUAUCCUGAAAUGUUAAGGUUUUGGUUGAAUACAACGAUGAGCCUUGCUGAGUGCGAAUCUAAGUGCUUUGAAAACAGUAGUUGCACCGCAUAUGCUAAUCCAUUCAUCACCAACGGGGGCAGUGGCUGCUUGAUGUGGUUCGGUGAUCUCAUGGAUACCAAACAACUUUCUGCACCUGAUGCUAACCAAAACAUCUAUAUCCGUCAGCCACUUUCUGAACUAGAUUUUAACGUGGGUUUUCAGGCGGCCAAGGAGAAGGAAAACAAAAGGCCUACAAAGUUAAUACUAAUAUCAAUUGCUUUCGGUGUUCUCAUCUCAGCCAUUAUCAAUGGAGGUGUACUUUUUGUGGUGAAACGAAAAAAGCAUGCAGUAAGAAUGAAUGAUGAUGAUUUAGAAUUACCUGUGAUCAAAAUGGAAACUAUUGUGCAAGCAACUAAUAAUUUCUCAAAGGAAAACAUGAUUGGAGCCGGAGGUUUUGGUCUUGUUUAUAAGGGGAACAUGCCAUCAGGAGAAGAAAUAGCAGUCAAAAGAUUGUCGAGAUCUUCGCAACAGGGUCUUGAAGAGUUCAGGAAUGAAGUUACAGUGAUUGCAAAACUUCAACAUAGAAACCUUGUAAGACUAUUGGGAUGUUGCCUUGAAGAAGAAGAAGAAAGGAUGCUAAUCUAUGAGUAUCUGCAGAAUAAAAGUCUUGAUCUUUUUAUUUUUGAUCACAGUGGGAGAACACUAUUGACAUGGCCUAAGCGUUAUGAUAUUAUCAUGGGAAUUGCAAGGGGGCUGCUGUAUCUUCAUCACGAUUCCAGAUUAAAGAUUAUUCAUAGGGAUCUCAAAACAAGCAAUAUAUUACUAGAUGGACAUUUAAGACCAAAAAUAUCAGAUUUUGGCUUAGCAAGGAUAUUUGAAGAAGAUCAAUCCCUUGCGAAAACAAGAAGAGUUAUUGGGACAUAUGGAUACAUGGCUCCGGAAUAUGCAAUGGAUGGGAAAUUCUCAGUGAAAUCCGACAUCUUUAGUCUUGGAGUGGUCGUGCUGGAAAUAAUAAGUGGAAAAAGGAACAGAGGAUAUGCAGACUCGGAUCACUAUCUUAACCUCCUGGGCCAUGCAUGGUUGCUAUGGAAAGAAAAGAGGAUGAUGGAUUUGAUGGAUGAGUGUUUGAAUGAUACAUUUAAGGAGUGUGAAGUGAAGAGAUGCAUGCAAGUCGGGUUACUGUGUGUUCAGAAAUUUGCAAAUGAUAGGCCAGCCAUGUCGUGUGUGGUUUCAAUGUUAGGAAGUGAUGGAGCAGUUUUGGCGGAACCAAAAGAGCCUGGAUUUUUCAUGGAAAGAAGUUGCAGCACAUCACCAUAUAUUGAGUCAGAGAAUGAAACAAUCACUAUUACUGACUUGGAAGCCAGAUGAGAGCAUACAUAUGAAAUCUCAAACAUAAAUCUACUUACGCUGUGAUCUUCCAGUCGUAUAGGCCAGGCUCCCUUCUGUGUGUCGUGUACAGAAGAAGAAUUCCUUAAUGCUGUUGCUGGGGGUUAGUGGAGUUAAUUUCCGGAGCUGCAGACAUGGCGCAGUUAUUUUUUACCACAGUUCUCAGCUUCAUUGCUUUUGUGAGUGGAAGUGUUGGAGCAGCUGAGCAUCAUAUAUCAAGUCAGAGAAUGUUUUCCCAAACCAAAAGAGCCUGGAUUUUUUAUGGAAGAAGUUCAAGCAGUAGUACUACUUUACCAUUUGUUGAGUGAGGGAAUGGAACAAUCACCAUUACUAAGUUGGAGGCCAGAUGAAGAUAUUCUGCAAAUUCGUAUGCAAAGAAAGUUUACAUUCAAUUGGUGUUAAGUUGUUGACAGUCUUUGGACAGCAAUUGCUCCUCCAUUUCUAUGAGGCCCUAGACAGUCUUCCGGAGCAUUCUGAUUAUAUUUUACACCGCCGGUCUCUGCUGGGGUUGUUUUGUCUCGCAUGUUCCGCUCUUGAUGUUGCUGAUUAACCGAACUAGCUCAUCAAAUCGAGCCUCUAUUCGGUCUUGCAUGAAAUUGUGCUUCUUGUUGAAAUUCUUACAAUUGUCUCUGGAUUUUCUCUUGGCUUUAAUUUAGCUCCGAAAAUAUUUCCCAUGCCCUUCUCCAAAUCUUGUGAUUGUGAUAAGGAUACCAAUUAAUACAAUCCAAUUUGCUCA